AUGUUUGUAUGGAGGGCGGCUCAAGGAAAGAUUCCAACAGCGACACAAUUGAGAAGAAGAGGUAUACAAGUACCAUCAGCAAUGUGCAAACUCUGUGAUAGAUCGGAAGAAACACCGGAUCACUUAUUGGUCUCAUGUGAAUAUGCAAGCUUGGUGUGGGAGCAGAUCCGAAGAUGGGUGAAAAUGGCAGAUGAAGCGAAACCGGAAACAAUUAAGGAUGUUCUGAACAGUGUAGAAGAAUAUAAGGGACCAAAGAUAAAAAGGAAAGCGAUUCAUGCAGUUUUUACGUUAACACUAUGGUGCAUAUGGAAGAACCGGAACAAUAACAUCUUCAAACAGAAAAGCGAUGAAAUUCACAAGUUAAUCGGAGACAUAAAAGAGGAGUCAUUUCAAUGGAUGAAACAAAGAACAAAGGUGCAAAUAACAUCGUGGGAUGAAUGGAAAUUUUUUACAUGGUGCAAGUAG